AUGACGGAUAUAUCACAGCUAGCGAGCAAGCUUCCAGGCGUCUUGACUUAUCUACAACCCCUCGGUCCGGGUAUAAAGGAGAGCCCAGAGUUUCCGGGCAUGCCGGACCCCUGCGCAGGGCCCAAGCGGAUGACGGGUGUGGAGGACAUCCUCUGUAUGAAACCCCCGACAUUCCUGCCGGAUUAUAAGAACCCAUGCUGGCAUGAUGACAACACGUUUCGCUGCCUUCCAUACUUCCACCUGAUCGGGAUGUGCAAGAGCGCAACUUCCGACUUAUUCAAGCGUCUGCACAUGCAUCCGGAUAUCAUUCCAAACAGGGGCAUUUUUGGGAAAGAAAUCUGGUACUGGUCGUGGCGGCGAUUUGAAACAACGGGUAAAUUCGGCAAGUUCAAGAUGGGAAUGACCUUAAAAGAGUUUACAAACCAUUUCUUUACUACCAAACUGCAGACCACAGAUACCAAUGGCAAACACAACAAAAUCACUGGUAACGGUGAUCCAAUGGACUUUUGGGACCGCUUCCGGGAGAGCAAUCUGCCGCAAAACACGCCCGGCGCCGACGAGCUGCUCUGGACGACGCCAUACGCCGUCCGCCACGUCAACCCGAACGUCAAGCUGCUACUCAUGCUACGGGAUCCCGUUGAAAGGUUGUAUUCUCACUAUUUCCAUGGUUGUUACGGCAAAUCGGCACACUCCUUCCAUGACCAUGUGGUAAUUUCCAUUGAACGAUGGAAGGCAUGCACGAGCUCCCAUAGCAUUCGUCACUGCAUUUACGAUCAGCCCUUUAGCAAAACGCUGCCGGCACCGAUCUUUACGAGCUUCUACAUCGUGCACCUGUUGGAGUGGCUUAAGGCGUUUCCGCGGGAGCAGAUCUUGAUUUUCCGGAACGAGGAUUACACGGUGGACAUAAAGGGCACCAUGACGGACAUAUUCCGCUUUUUAGACAGGUCCCCAACGACCACGUUCCUCACGCAGAUGGCAAACAUGGCCCCUUUCUUCGAGUCAAAGAAGCGGAAGUCGGCCGGGCCCAUGCUACCGGAAACCAAGCGCCUCCUGGUGGAGCUCUAUCGGCCCUACAACGAGCAGCUGGCGGCUUUCCUCGGGGACGAGAGAUUCGCAUGGCGCGACGCAUCUUUUGCCACCGCAUAG